CAUUGAAAAAACGACCAAAACACUUGCUUCUUUUCGUAAAUCCGUUUGGUGGCAAACGAAAUGCCAUGCAGAUCUAUGAAAAAUUCGCUAAGCGAUUGUUCCACAUAGCCGGAAUAGAGGUGACUGUGAACGUGUCGCAAAGGAAGGACCAGAUCAAAGAUUUUCUCAUCAAUCAUAGCUUGGAUAUUUUCGAUUCUGUUGCUUGCGUAGGAGGCGAUGGUACAGUGUCGGAACUAUUUAACGGAUUGGUUUUGAGAGAAUGCCGGAUUCGAGGGAUUGAUCCGAAUGACAUCAAUCAGUGUUUACCCAAUCCGAGAGUGCCCGUUGGCAUUAUACCAGGUGGAAGUACUGACACAAUAGCAUAUUGUAUUAACGGAACAACCGACGUUACAACUGCUGUAUUGCACAUAAUAUUUGGUGAUACCCUUGGAUUGGAUUUAGUGUCUGUCUAUGAUGAACACACCCUACUUCGAUUGUAUGCUAGUGUCUUAAGUUAUGGGUAUUUGGGCGAUGUAGCUUAUCACAGCGAUCGGUAUAGAUGGAUGGGGCCUCAUCGAUAUGACUUUUCAGGGUUAAAAAAGUUGGUCGGUAAUAAAGGAUACCAGGGAGAGAUAGCAGUGUAUUCAGAAAAAGAAACAGUGGAUGAACUGGUCUGCCAAGAAAACUGUGAAAAAUGUGAAUCUUCACAAAGCGAUUCAACUGAACAACGGCCCUGCAAAUGGAGAACGAUAUCUGGUAAAUUUUUCAUGAUCAGUGGUGCCAAUAUUAGUUGUGCUUGCAGUCGCAGUCCGAAGGGAAUAGCUCCCUAUAGCCACAUAGGAGAUGGCAUGGUUCAUUUGGUGCUAGUUAAACAUACAAACAUUUUGAACAAUUUUCGGCUACUUUUGAAACUGUCGAGUGCCAGCUCAAAAGUCGACGACUUGCCAUUUGUACAGACUUUCACAGCUCGUGAAUUUUGUUUCCGAGCUGAUCAAGACGAGAGUAAAUGGAAUUGUGACGGAGAAGUUCAGCAGCAAACAAACAUUCGGGCAAAAGUUAGAUGCCAAUUGCUCAGGAUACUUAGCCGGGGAAAUCCCGUUCAUGAAACUUCCAAUACAACAUGCUGCGGAUUUUAGAUAUCAAUUAUUUUUCAUGAGAAAACCGAGUAUUACACCAGUAUUUAUGUGCUGUACUUA